CAGCCUAUGAAAAAGCCUUGAAGAUGGCGGCCUCCUGGAAGCUAGGCUGUGACUUGCGGCUGCUGCGUUACCUCGUGGGCUUCCCUGGCCGCCGAAGCGUACCAGGGCUGAUGAAGGGGGCUGUUGGAUGGUCUGUAAACCGCGGAUCCAUUUGGAGAUGGUUUCACAGCACGCAGUGUCUUCGGGGUGAUCCCAUUAAGAUACUAAUGCUGUCACUGUCUCCCACAAUGGAAGAAGGAAACAUUGUGAAAUGGCUGAAAAAGGAAGGUGAAGCGGUGAGUCCUUGUGAAAUUGAGACUGACAAAGCUGUGGUUACCUUAGAUGCAAGUGGUGAUGGAAUCUUGGCCAAAAUUGUGAUUGAAGAAGGAGCUGAAAAUAUACGGCUAGGUUCACUAAUUGGUUUGAUAGCAGAAGAAGGAGAAGAUUGGAAACACGUUGAAAUUCCCAAAGAUGUAGAUCCUCCACCACCAGCUUCAAAACCUUCAGAGCCUCAUCCCUCACCAGAACCACAGAUUGCCGUGCCUGUCAAGAAGGAACACACACCCGGGACACUACAGUUCCGUUUAAGUCCAGCUGCCUGCAAUAAUCUGGAAAAACACUCACUGGAUGCUAGCCAGGCCACAGCCACUGGUCCUCGGGGGAUAUUCACUAAAGAGGAUGCUCUCAGACUUGCCCAGUUGAAACAGAUGGGCCAGAUUACCGAGUCCAGACCAACUCCAGCCCCUGCAGCCACUCCCACAGCACCUUCACCCCUACAGGCCAUAGCUGGGCCAUCUUAUCCCCGGCCUAUGAUCCCACCAAUAUCAACUCCUGGACAACCCAAUGCAGCAGACACAUUCACUGAAAUGCCCGCCAGCAAUAUUCCAAGAUUUAUUGCCAAGAGAUUAACUGAAUCUAAAAGUACUGUUGUACCUCAUGCAUAUGCUACUGCUGAUUGUGACCUUGGAGCUGUUUUAAAAGUUAGGCAAGAUCUGGUCAAAGGUGACAGUAAAGUAUCAGUAAAUGAUUUUAUCAUCAAGGCAGCAGCUGUUACCCUUAAACAAAUGCCAGAUGUUAAAGUAAGCUGGGAUGGAGAGGGCCCAAAGCAACUACCAUGUGUUGACAUUUCAGUGGCUGUGGCAACAGAUAAAGGCUUAAUUACACCAAUCAUUAAAGAUGGGGCUCCUAAGGGUAUCCAGGAAUUUGCUGACUCUGUAAAGCCUCUAUCAAAGGAAGCAAGAGAUGGAGGAAAAUUGUUGCCUGAAGAACACCAAGGAAGGUCUUUUUGUACUUCCACCUUGGGGAUGUUUGGUAUCAAUGAAUUUACUGCAGUGAUUAACCCUCCUCAGACCUGCAUUUUGGCUGUUGGGAGGUUCCGACCUGUGCUGAAGCUCACUGAGGGUGAAGAGGGAAAUGCCAAACUGCAGCAGCACCAGCUCAUCACAGUCACAAUGUCAAGUCGAGUGGUUGAUGACGAACUGGCAACCAGAUUUCUUAAAAGUUUUAAAGCAAACCUAGAGAAUCCUAUCCGACUUGCCUAAUCCUCAAAGAUUUGAGUUGCUGUUCGGCUUAGUUGAUUCAGCAGUUUUUACCAAUAAACAUACCUUAUAGAAAAACAACUAGGUAUUUUAGUAUGAAGUGGAUGAAAUGUUUAUUUAAGGUGAAAGUAUUUGAGCCAGGGUGUCUUCAUUUUCAAUUUGGGUUUAAUAUUAUAAAAUAAAUGAUGAUAAACUGUAACUAAUAAAGGAAAUAGAAUAUUUGGUUACUCAAAUCCAUUUUUAACCUCUGGUGCUGUAUAAAGGGAAUAUUAAACUAAAUGUAAAUCAAAGUAUAUGUUUGGCUCAUUUGAGCAUUUUAGAAUAUUUGAGAAUGUGUGAUACAUGUAAAAUUAAAAAACUGUUACAACUCUA